AUGUCCCUUCCAUUUCCAAAGAACCCCUGUCCAGCCCCACAGACAUGAAGUGUGGACACAAGUCCUGUUGCCCUUCCUGCUCUUAGUCCAGAGUCCAUCUUGAGCCCUUUGUCCCUAUGGAAACUAUUUUUGCUGUGACAAAUCCCCCACUGGUGCAGCUGGUGACAACUCCAGCAGUGACUGGAGCUGGUGCAGGACCAAGCCAAUGCACACGGCAGGAACGCCAGGCUCAAGGGCUGCAGUCCCUGCUGCUGCUCUCCGGUCUGCUGCUGAUCUGCACGGGAACCACCAGCUUCACCAACCUUUUCUUUAUCUGCUCUGCAGGAAGAUGAAGAUGCUGAAGGCAUCGACCCUGGUGCUGCUGCUUGGUCUCUUCUCUUUCGGAGUUUACCAUGUGGGACGACUUGGCGUCUUAACCUGGAACACUGCAAAAGAGUUAGGAGACCUGAGCGAAACCCCGUCCCUGCCCGUCCAGCUCCGUAAGCUUCAGGAACAACUUUAUCAUCUGCGCUGGAGUGCAAAGGAUGUUGCUGAGCUGGCUUUACAAGAAGGAUUGAAGCAGGCAAAGGUCCCAGGCUUUGCCGGAUGGGCUGUUCAGGAGAUCAUCAAUCAAGCUUUGGAGAAGCUGGAGGAAAUCCACGUCCUGAUGCCGGAUUAUGCCCUCAAAUCGGCAGGGGCUGCCGUCAUUCUUUCCAGGACUUCUCCAUCCCUCCGGACUGACAAAGCAAAGGUGUUCCUGUAUUCCCUGUCGAUAAUGGAUUACAUGAGGACCCCUGAGCUGAUUCUGGAGCCAGAAAAUCAUCCUGGAAACUGCUGGCCCUUUCCAGGAAGUCAAGGACACGUCUUCAUCAAGCUGUCCAUGCCGGUCAUUCCCAGAGCCGUCACCAUGGACCAUGUCUCAGAGACAGCGUUCCAUGGAGAAAGUAUCUCUGGAGCUCCCAAGGACUUUGCUGUCUACGGCUUCAAGGAAGAACACGAGGAGCAGGGAACGUUCCUUGGACAGUUCACUUUCCUGGCGGCGCUGAAUCCCAGUCAGACCUUCCAGCUGAAGGUAUGGGGACAGAGAGGGAGGAGAACUGCAGGAGAGGAGGAGAAAUGCGGCUGGAUGGGGAGAGGCUUCCCUGCCAAAGGGUACAGGCAGCCCUGUCCUUGAGCGAGUGCCACGCUGCCUUUCUUCUGCUUCAGCUUCCUGGUGGCAGAUGCCUGGACUGCUGGUCUUCUCUUUCAUUUUGUGUUUAAACUUCAGUGCUUAGAAGCGCCACAGUUGAAGCUGGAAUCAGCUUGACUGUCUGGACCCCAAGUGCACACAAGCAGCCACAUCCCGUAGGAUGCACGACUGCUGUUCUGCCAGUUAGAGACCAGAAAUACUGGGCUUCCUGAGGGUUCAGUUGGUGCUGGCAGUGAGUAGUGACAGGGAGGACGUUCUGUUUCCGUGGCUUUCUAGAGAAGGCAACGAGACAUUAUACUGACACCAGCCCUGGGUCUUCUGACUGUGGAAGCCUGUGCCCCAAAGCAGGCGAGAACUUUCCAGUGUAUUUGCUGAGGCAUCUGGUAGCUGCUUCUUCCUUGGCUGUUCUCGUGGCCCAAUGGGGUAGAGCAGGAUAAGAACGUCUUGACCACGACAGGUCAAAGCCCCCGCGGGGCAGCAGGAAGGAAGCUGCUGAUCGAGGCCGUCGCUGCGGCACUUCUGUCAGUGCUCACGUGCCAGAGAGGAAAAGGCGACUCAUUUCUUCUUGUCAUUGCAGAACGAGCUCCCUGGGGUCGUGAAUUACAUCAGGCUGCAAGUGCUGAGCAACUGGGGCAAGCCGGACUACACCUGCCUGUAUCGGUUCAGGGUACAUGGUGAUCCGCCCAAAGAUGGGGGAGACAUGGCAGUUUCAUCUACCAAUAAAUUCCAUUAGUUUUCACCCAGUCGAGUUCCAUUCUGCUUUGCCUGUGACACUGACUGGUCCUCCCUGAGCUCACUGGAGCUCCCCGUCCUUCUCUAAACCCACCAGCUUAUGGGAGACUUCAGGAGUCCACAGCAAGGUUUUCCUAAUUAAAAGAAACUGGAAAACUCCAUAACAAAUCUGCAGAAAGCCUGACAUCCACACACUUGUUGCCUACACAGGAACAUCAGCAAGGCCCUGCCUGGACACCAGAGAUUUAAUUAAUGGACAGGUUUCCUGUGGAGGAAGCAACUGAGGAUCGACUGAGUGGAACCAUCUGUUGUUAUCUGUUUUCACACGAGGCAGAUGCUGCUGCAGCUUCCAUCUUUCAGUCUGUUGCCGAUGAGAAAAUGGAAGUGUGUUUUUUUAUAAGAAGGAAACCUUAAUAGGAAAGUUGGUUCAUGGACUUUUUUGCCUCUCUGGGCAUCUAUGGACUUAAUAGCCCAGGAACCGUUACAGAGUGUUUAGCAAAGCAACCCCAGGACACUUAAGAGAUCCCAUACCCACACGAGUCUGUCUUUCCUUUUCACCCGAGCUCCCCAAGCCCCAAG